AUGGCACAUUCUGAAAGAGCAGAAGGGAUGCAAGAAAACAGACCGUGGCAAGGAUUAAAGGCUAGGUUGGAUGAUUUUGAAAAGCCAGAUUCCUGGAAUAAGGAGUUGGCUCUGGCCUCAAAAUCUGGGCAAAAUUCUGACGAGCCAAACAGAGAGCACACGGGGCCUGUGUUCAGCAACCCUGACGACCUUGUUGUACACUGCACAAUGGCAGCUGGAGAGCUGAACGGGAGGCAGCCUGUGGUUCCUCACUCACUUCUGACCUCUGCAAGAACUGCCAAAAAAAAAGCAGAAAAUCAAACUGUUGGACCUAUUGAAAUAUUCCGCUUUGCUGAUAAUCUGGACAUUGCACUCACAACACUGGGGAUACUAGCAUCCAUGGUAAAUGGAGCCACUGUACCUUUAACGUCUCUGGUUUGAGGAGAAAUAAGUGAUCAUUUUAUUAAUGGAUGCCUACUCCAAACUAACAGAACAAAUUAUCAGAACUGCUCUCAGUCUCAAAAGAAGGUGAAUGAAGAUAUCAUUACGUUGACUCUGUACUAUGUUGGGAUAGGAGCAACUGCCCUCAUUUUUGGCUACAUACAGAUUUCCUUCUGGGUCAUAACCACUGCCCAGCAAACCAGAAGAAUUCGAAAACAGUUCUUUCAUUCAAUUUUGGCACAAGACAUCAGCUGGUUUGAUGGUAGUGACAUCUGUGAACUUAACACUCGCAUAGCUGGUGACAUCAACAAAAUCUGUGAUGGCGUUAGAGAUAAGAUGGCACUGCUGUUUCAGAACAUGUCUGGGUUUUCUGUUGGCCUGGUGAUGAAGCCCUCCCUGGUGGUUCUGUCCACGUCUCCUGAUAUGGCUUCGUCAGCAAUGUGCUCGAGGGUUUUCUUCAGUGUGAUCCAUAGUAGUUAUUGCAUUGGAUCUGCAGCCCCUCACUUGGAAACCUUCACCAUAGCCCGUGGAGCUGUCUUAAAUAUUUUUCAGGUUAUUGAUAAAAAACCCAAUAUAGAUAACUUCUCAACAACUGGAUAUAAGCCUGAAUGUGUAGAAGGAAGUAAAGAAUUUAAAAAUGUUUCUUUCAGCUAUCCAUCAAGACAGUCUGUCCAGAUUCUCAAAGGUCUCAAUCUCAAGAUUAAUUCUGGAGAGACAGUAGCUUUGGUUGGUCCCAGUGACAGUGGCAAGAGCACAACAGUCCAGCUUCUGCAGAGGCUAUAUGACCCCGAAGAAGGCUGUGUAACUGUGGAUGAGAACGACAUCCGAGAUUAAAACGUGAGGCAUUACUGAGAGCACAUCGGAGUGGUCAGCCAAGAGCCCGUUUUGUUUGGGACCACCAUUGGUAACAAUAUUAAGUUUGGGCGUAAAGGCGCUAGUGAAGAGAUAGAGCAGGCAGCGAAGGAGGCGAAUGCCUACGACUUCAUAAUGGCCUUCCCUAAGAAAUUCAACACACUAGUGGGGGAGCAAGGAGCUCAGAUGAGCGGAGGCCAGAAACAGAGAAUAUCAAUUGCUCGAGUGCUAGUUUGAAACCCCAAAAUUCAUCUAGACUAGGCUACAUCUGCCCUUGACACAGAAAGUGAGUCAGUUGCUCAAACUGCACCGGAGAAGGCGAGCAAAGGUCGGACUACAAUUUUGGUAGCACACCCGCUUUCCAGUAUUCGUGGGGCAGACCUGAUUGUGACUAUGAAGAACGGCAUGGUAGCAGAGAAAGGGACUCAUGCUGGACUAAUGGCAAAGCAGGGGCUGUAUUACCCACUCGCCAUGACCCAGGAUAUUAAAAAAGCUGAUGAACAAAUGGAGACAAAGACGUGUUCCACUGAGGAUAAAAGCAGCUCUAUUUCUCUGUGUGAUGUGAGCAGCUCCAAAUCCCUCUGUGCUGACAAGUCUGAGGAAGUCAUCCACCAUCAAAAGACAAUUCUUCCUGAAGUUUCACUAUUAAAAAUACCUAAAUUAAACAAGUCUGAAUGGCCUUUUGUUGUGGGCACACUGGCUUCUGUCCUAAUUGGGUCUGUUUACCCAACGUUUUCUAUCAUCUUUGCGAAAUUAGUCGCUAUGUUUGAAAACGACAACAAAACCACAUUAAAACAUGAUGCGGAACUUACUCCAUGCUCCUGAUCAUCCUGGGCUCUGCUGCUCUUGGUGAACCUGAUGCAGGGGUUGUUUUAUGGCCAAGAAGAGGGAAAUUUAGCCGUGAGAUUAAGACAUUUGGCAUUUCAAGCCAUGUUGUAUCAGGAUAAGGCCUGGUAUGAUGAUAGCGAAAACAUCAUGGGAGCCUUGACCACAACCUUAGCCGUGGAUGUAGCACAGAUUCAGGGGGCAGCAACUUCAAAACUUGGUAUCAUAACCCAAGAUGUGACCAGCAUGGUGCUGUCUGCUCUUAUCUCCUUCAUACACGGGUAGAAGAUGACUCUCCUGAUGCUCAGCUUCGCACCUGUACUCACUCCACCUACAGGGAUGAUUGAGACUGCGGCAGUGGCUGGAUUUGCCAGCAGGAAUAAGCAAGAAUGCAAGAGUGCUGGAAAGAUUGCAACCGAAGCUGUGGAGAACAUAUGUACUGUACUAUCUUUAACACGAGAAAAUGCCUUUGAACAAAUGUACAAGGAGAUGCUUCAGACCCGACACAGAAAUGUCUUGAAGAGAGCACACAUCACUGGAAGCUGUUAUGCGGUCGGCCACGCUUUUGUGUAUUUCGCCCACUCAGCAGGAUUUCCCUUUGAAGCCUCUUUGAUUCGAGCUGGACAGAUGACACCAGAAGGCAUGUUCACUGUGUUUCUGUUGAUGUCUUAUCUAGCCAUUGGAGAAACACUUGUUUGGACUCCAGAAUAUUCAAACGCCAAAGUUGAAGCUGCACAUCUGUUUGCUUUGCUGAAAAAGAAACCAACUAUGGACAGCUGCAGUCAAGCGGGGAGAAAACUAGACACCUGCAAAGGGAAUUUAGAAUUUCAAGAAGUCUCUUUCUUCUAUCCAUGUCGCCCUGAAGUUCCCAUCCUCCGUGACCUGUCCCUCAUCAGCAUUAAGAAAGGGAAGACUGUGGCAUUUGGUAGAAGCAGUGGCUGUGGAAAAAGCACUUGUGUUCAACUGCUGUAAAGAUUUUAUGACCCCAUGAAAGGACAAGUGCUGCUUGAUGGUGUUGAUGUAAGGGAACUGAACGUGCAGUGGCUGCGUUCCCAGACAGCCGUUGUCUCCCAGGAGCCUGUGCUCUUCAACUGCAGCAUCGCUGAGAACAUCGCCUAUGGUGAUAGAAGCCGCAUGGUGCCCUUAGAGGAAAUCAAAGAAGUCGCAGAUGCAGCCAACAUCCAUUCCUUCAUAGAAGGCAUCCCCAGGAAAUACAACACUCAGGUUGGACUGAGAGUGCAGUUCUCUGGGAGCCAGAAACAAAGACUGGCUAUUGCAAGGGCUCUUCUCCGAAAGCCAAAAAUUACUUCAGCCCUUGACAUUGAGAGCGAGAAGGUGGUUCAGCAUGCCCUUGAAAAAGCCCGGAGAGGGAGGACCUGCCUAGUGGUGGCUCACAGACUCUCCACAGUACAGAAUGCAGAUCUGAUCAUAGUUCUACAAAAUGGAAAAAUCAAAGAGCAGGGAACGCAUGAGGAGCUCCUGAGAGACAGAGACACAUACUUUGGAUUAGUAGCUGCACAGGGUAUGCAUCCCGGAGCGUUCCCUGUUAGUACUCCAGAAGAAGCCUCACUCAGUCUGAGGGCGCCAUCCUUGACCAGUCAAGGAUACAGAGUGGAUCCCAGUUAA